AUGGCAAAGGUGACCAGUAAAUCACAGGAGCCUAAUGAAGAUGUGGACAAGCAGACGCCAUCAACCCCAAGAACCAAAGGGAGGAAGAAGGGGAAGACUCCCUGUCAACCAAGAUCCAGAAGUGGUGUUAAGGGGCUAAAGACCACCAUGAAGGCAAAAAGACCCCUUCGAGGGAACUCAAGCCAAAAAGCCUCUGGAACUAACACCCCUACAAGAAAACUUAAGAAAGCUAAAGGGCCAAUACUGUAUGGUCAUUAUCAACGGCUGAAAGAAAAAAUGAAGAAAGAAGAGGCAGAAGAAGACCAAAAGACUGAGGAGAGCUCCAGCGUUUCAAGUGAUGACCUGAACAGCCAAUAA